GUUCUUCAAGAGAAUCAAUCAGACGAAGCUCGAAGGGAUUUGAGAGAGAGAAAGAAGAGAUGACGACGAUAAGUAGAUUCAGCUGCAACGACCUUCUCCGGUUCACUUCUGUGAAUCUAGACCACCUCACUGAAACAUUCAAUAUGUCCUUCUACAUGACCUACUUAGCGAGAUGGCCUGACUAUUUUCAUGUUGCCGAAGGUCCUGGCAAUCGUGUCAUGGGUUACAUUAUGGGUAAAGUUGAAGGACAGGGUGAAUCUUGGCAUGGUCAUGUGACAGCCGUCACUGUCUCUCCAGAAUAUCGCAGGCAGCAACUCGCAAAGAAACUGAUGAACCUUCUGGAAGAUGUCAGUGAUAAGAUUGAUAAAGCCUACUUUGUGGAUCUUUUCGUUAGAGCUUCCAACACACCAGCCAUCAAGAUGUAUGAAAAGCUUGGCUACAUAAUCUAUAGGCGUGUAUUACGCUAUUAUUCAGGAGAGGAAGAUGGAUUAGAUAUGAGGAAGGCAUUAUCAAGAGAUGUUGAGAAAAAGUCUGUGAUUCCUCUCAAGAGACCUAUCACACCUGAUGAACUAGAGUAUGAUUAAGACCCUCACUUGACCAGACUGUUAAAACACUGAAUGUUCUUUUUAUUUGCAUCAAAAAUAUUCCAAGAUCCUUUAGAUGAUGAUUGUAUGUGACAAUUGUGUGGUUUCGUAUCUGAAUUAUAAUUUUUUCAUUUCUUCCA